AUGCUGGUGGGAGGGAAGUGGGCAGAAUUGCCGCAUGACCUCAUUGCUACGAUUGCAAAGCGUGUUAAAGUAAUAGAAGAUUUCAUUGUUUUUGGUGGUAUUUGUACCUCAUGGGGAGCUGCUGCAACAAAGGAAAAUUUUGACGUGCUUUCGCCACAAGUUCCGUUGCUAAUGCUCGCUGAUAAAGGUGACGAUUAUCGAGAAUUUUACUCUCUUUACAAGGAAAAAUUUUCACGCGUAUUCCUCCCAGAAGCUAGAGGGCCAUUGAAGGUUUUUACAUCGGAAGGGUGGCUCUGCACCUUGUCAAACACGAGAGAGAUGAACUUGUUGCAUCCUUUUUCUCGCACCAGUAUACAACUUCCCUCUCUAUAUGACUUAUUGGCUUUACAUGGCAAAAAAGUAGUUAAAGAAGGAAACAACUGGCCCUACAUAGACGAAGCUUUGUUAUCUGCCAGUCCUUCUGUUACUUCAGAUUAUGCAGUGGUGGUGGUUACCUAUUAUGGUUGGCUGUCUUUUGGCGACCUGGAGAUCUCAACCGGACUAAUAUUAACUUCAAGAAAUUUGAUAAAGUAUGCACCAUAG